UCGGUAGGUCCCCCAAUCCAGUGACUCAGGGCAGGGCAGGGCAGGGCAGGGCAGGGCAGGGCAGGUGGUGAUGGCGUCCAGCCUCGCCGCCGCCCCUUCUCCGGCUCCGGCCCCGGUCAGGUUGGGCUGCUCCCUCCAGCUCCACCUCCUCCUCCGCCGCCCCGCCCUACUUGUCUUUCCCAAAGUCGGACGCCCCCACCUCCGACUCCGACUCAGAGCCCAAGCCUCCCCUUCCCCCUCUCCUGAAGCCGAAGCCGGCGACUCCUUCGCCGGCUGGUCGGACAAGCAGGAUGCUGAUUCUGAUUCAGGAGGCCUUGUUGGACCUGCCCUUGCUGGCCUCCUCUUCCUCGCCGGCAUCACAUUCGCCGCUAUCUCACUCAGACCCACAGGAUCAAAGGCACCCAUCCAAACCUUUUUGCCCACACACACCGAGACAAAGGCUGAUACUACUCCUGAACAACAACAACAAGACGACGACGACGACGACGACGCUGCUGCUGCUGCUCAGGCUUUGUCACCAGCCGAUGAUAUCCUGGAUGCCACCAGUGAGGCAACACCGUUGCCUAAUAAUCUACAAACACACGAGACAAUACCCGAGGCCGAGGGAGCACCUCAACAUGACAUGGACAACAACUACCAAUUGGAUCUGGAUCGCAGCAGCAGUGACCUAGAUCCGACAACUCAUAAAUACAUUGCUUCACAAGAUGACACUCAAACUCCUCCUGUGUCUCAUUCACCUCAAUCUUUGCUCCCUGCUUAUGAUCCAACCUCUCAGGAGGCAACUCCUGACCCACAGGCCGAGGCAUUGUUAUUGGACUCUCAACCCAGUUUGCCAGAAAACCAGGAUACUUUCACUUCAGAUAUUAUGGUGCUGGAAUCUGGUGAUGUUGUGCAAAUAUCCGACACUCUGGCUGAGCCUACACAUUUACAAGACACUGAGCAGAAUACUCAACUUUCAACUCAAGAUGGAAUUUCUUCUGCAUCCACUUUUCCUGAUUAUGUACCAUAUGGAAGCACUGACCAGAUGCUUCCAUCGGGCUCAAAUGACUUACCCACUCAAGAUGCUAACCCAGCAAAGGCGAUACAAGACCCAGCAUCAGACCAGGAUGAAGGCCAAAAUGAGUCAGAUAACCAAAAUGAACUGUUCAAGCCUGCAGCACCUGCCACAUCUUUCUCUUCCGGAAUUCCUGCCCCCUCUCUGCUCUCUGCAGCCUUACAGGUGCCUGCUGGCCAGAUUGUGGUUCCAGCGGCAGUUGACCCUACCCAGGGAAAUGCAUUGGCCGCGCUGCAAGUUCUAAAGGUGAUUGAGCCUGACGCUCGAGCUGGUGAUUUGUGUACCCGACGUGAAUACGCUCGAUGGUUGGUAGUUGCAAGCAAUGCCCUUUCGAGGAACACUUACUCAAAAGUUUAUCCAGCAAUGUACAUUGAUAACGUGUCUGAACUUGCAUUUGAUGACGUCACCACUGAAGAUCCUGAUUUUCCAUUUAUACAAGGAUUGGCAGAAGCAGGGUUAAUUUCUAGCAAGCUCUCAAGAUCCGAUAUGGACGUUGCUGAAAACGUUGAGAACAACCAUUACUUUUUCUCCGCGGAUAGUCCCUUGUCACGUCAAGACCUUGUGAGUUGGAAGAUGGCUUUGGAUAAAAGGCAACUACCUGAAGUUGACAAAAACUCUUUGUACAAGACAUCCGGCUACAUAGACAUUGAUAAAAUUGACACAGCUGCAUGGCCUGCAUUGGUAGCUGACUUGGGUGCUGGAGACCAGAGCAUCACAGCUCUUGCAUUCGGUUUUACAAGGCUUUUCCAGCCAGACAAACCUGUGACAAAAGGACAAGCUGCCCUAGCACUUUCAACUGGUGACUAUGCUGAAGUGGUUAUGGAGGAGCUUGCUCGUAUUGAAGCAGAUAAAAUAGCUGAAGCGGCUGUGAAUGCUCAUGGUGCGUUGGUAGCUGAGGUUGAGAAACAAAUCAAUUCAAGUUUUGAAAGAGAGCUUACGAGGGAAAGAGAAAAAAUUGAGACCCUUGAAAAACUGGCUGAAGAAGCUAGGUUUGAAUUGGACAAGUUGAGAGCAGAAAGAGAGGAAGAAAAGAAUGCUCUGCUUAGGGGCAGAGCUACCGUUGAAUCCGAAAUACAAGUUCUUUCAAAGUUGAGGUGUGAAGUAGAGGAGCAGCUGCAGAAUGUGCUGAGCAAGAAGGUUGAGAUCAACUUUGAGAAGAACAGAAUUGAGAAACUUCAAAAGGAAAUUGAAAAUGAAAACCAGGCUGCUGUGCAACUUCAGUAUGAGCUUGAAGUUGAAAGGAAGGCUUUGUCUAUGGCCAGGGCUUGGGCAGAAGAUGAAGCAAAGAAGGCCAGGGAGCAUGCUCGCGCCCUUGAGGAGGCCCGGAACCAGUGGGAGCGGCAGGGAAUCAAAGUUGUCGUCGAGGCAGGGCUUGAGGAGGAUGCAUCGGCCGGGGUGACAUGGGCUAAUGCUGGCAAAGAACACCCAGUUGACGAGGCAAUCAACCGGGCGGAGUCGUUGCUGGAGAAGCUCAAGUCGUUUGGUGGUGAGAUGAAAGUCCGAUCCAGCCAUGCCCUGGAGAGAGUAAUGCAGUACGUGAGGUCCUUGAUCUCAAGCCUAAAGCAGCGAGCGGCGGAAGCAAGGCAAGGGUGCGCAGAUCUUGGGGCUGCUGCAGCCUCAAAGGCAAAGAAUGUGUCAUCAGAAGCCAAGGCGUUUGGUUCAAGCGUCGGGGACAGGUCGAAGAAGGUAGCGGAGGAGUGCAAAGAUGGCCUGGAGAAGUUUGUGCACAGAUUCAAGGCAGACUAGCUGGUGAUAAAGAAAGCUUUAUUAUGGCUUGUGUACCCGUGACACCAGUGAAUUGAUAGCCGAGGAGAGGAGAGAGGAGCCAUAGGAAGGAAGGAAGGAAGGAGGAAUAAAGUUUGAGACAGACAUUUGCGUGAUGCUGUAAUGCAAUGUAAUGUAAUGUGUAGUACAUUUUGGGUGUUGUUGUAAAUGAAUAUGAAUAUGAAUAUACUGGAGCUGGCUUAGCAGAGGUUCCAUUGGAAUAAUAAGGCCGUUUGCUCUGUGUAUGGUACGUUACGUUAAUGAAAUCAAACUCGAGUUUUGUUGAGUAAA